UGGAGCAGGAGCAGCAGACACAGUACAGCAGUAGAUUUCAGCCGGUCGUGGCGAUCGGACGCGUUUUAAAAAUUGCCCGCAAGUAGUUCUGGUUGUACUCUAUACAUAUUUAUUAAUUUACGUGUGUGUGAAUGUUACUUGACAUUUUGUGCUGCUCUGUGUUAUUAAAAAAAUGAUUAAGUUUUACGUGCUGACAAGUUUUUUUAAAUAAUAUCUUUAGUUUUUUUGUUACAUUUUUAUCCUUCAAAACAAGCAGGUGCCAAGGAGGAAACUACCCUCUUCAAAACUCAAGUGGUCCUGUUAAUGUGGCUUCGGAAACUAAAAAUAGCAAAACGGACAGAAAAUCUUAAUUAUUAAUUAAAUAAAUAAUUAAUUUUAAAAAGCAGUGAUUUUGUCGAUGUGUGUACUAAAAAGGAUUCAAAUUAUUGGUCAAAAUGGACAUUACGAAGGAAACUUACAACCCCAAUCCGAGGGAGAAAGCAAAUUGCCUCUCGGUGUUACUCUUUACAUACACCAUCGGUAUGUUCAAGAAAGGUUACAGCAAAACUUUAGAAACGGAAGAUCUUUACAGCCCUCUUAGCAGCGAUAAAAGUCAAACUUUAGGUGACAGGCUUGAACGGAAGUGGUUAAAACAUUUAGACUCCAUAAAAAAAGUAUCAAAGAAACCCAGCUUACUGAAAGUUUUAGUUGCAACAUUUUGGCCGGAAUACCUUUAUUUAGGUUUUCUGUUGGUAAUUAUGGAUCUCGGAUUAAGAUUGGCACAGCCGAUGCUUCUCGGAAAUUUACUGGAUUACUUCCGGCCGGAUACGACAACGACGAAAAACCAAGCUCUUAUUUACGCGGGCGCCGUAGUCCUUUCAAAUGCCGGUAGCGCCCUUCUCAUCAAUCAGUAUAUCAUGGGAGCUUUUCAUUACGGAAUGAAAGUUCGAGCGGCUUGCUGCGCAUUAAUUUAUAGAAAAGCUUUAAGAUUGAGUAAUAGUGCUUUAGGACAAACUGCAUCCGGCCAAAUCGUAAAUCUCCUUUCUAACGACGUCAGCAGGUUUGAUAUAGUCUCAGUUUUCAUCCACCAUAUGUGGGUUGCACCAACAAGCGCCAUCAUCGUUACUUAUUUCUUGUGGGUAGAGGCUGGAGUCGCUGGGAUAAUUGGCAUAAUACCUGUCUUCCUGGUCGUUCCAUUGCAAAGUUAUACCGGUAAAUUAUCAUCGAGAUUCCGUCGGCAAACGGCUUAUAAAACAGACGAACGAGUUCGUUUGAUGGACGAAAUUAUUUCCGGUGUCCAAGUAAUUAAAAUGUACGCUUGGGAAUUACCGUUUGCUAAUUUAAUCAAACAUGCGAGAAAAAUGGAACUAAAAAUUAUCACGAAAUUAUCGUACGUUCGAGGACUUUUUAUGACUUUUAAUUUGUUUACGACGAGAGUUGCACUUUUUUGUACUUUAAUUACGAUGGUUUUACUUUAUGAUCAAAAAAUUACAGCUGCCAAAGUUUUCGUUGUUAUGUCUUAUUACAACAUUAUGUCUCAAACAAUGUCGGCGAUGUUUGUGAGGGGAAUCUCCGAAAUGGCUGAACUUUUCGUUUCCAUAAAACGUCUCCAAAAUUUCUUGUUAAACGCCGAAUUUAUCGACGCCACCAAAUCGACAAACACCUCAUCUUCAUCUAACAAUAACACAGCGAUUGAUUUGAAAAAUUUAACAGCUUCUUGGUCACCUGAAUCUUCAAAACACGCUCUUUCAAAUUUGAAUUUAUGCGUUGAAAAAGGAAGUUUAAUUGGAGUAAUUGGCCCCGUUGGAAGUGGGAAAAGUUCGUUACUACACUCAAUGUUAGGUGAACUUCACGUUGUUUCCGGUAACAUCAUAAUAAACGGAACGAUAUCAUACGCAUCACAAGAACCGUGGGUUUUCGCCGCAACGAUUCGUCAAAACAUUGUUUUUGGCCAAAAAUACGAUAGACAUCGCUACAACGAUGUGGUGAGAGUUUGCGCUUUAGAGAAAGACUUCAAACAGUUUCCUGAUGGCGAUUUAACCAUUGUUGGUGAUCGUGGCGCUUCUUUGAGCGGGGGCCAAAAAGCCAGAAUAAAUCUAGCGAGAGCCAUCUACAGAGAUGCUGAUAUAUAUCUUUUAGAUGAUCCGUUAUCCGCCGUUGAUGUUCACGUCGCCAAACAUCUAUAUCAAGACUGUAUAAACGGAUAUUUAAAGAAUAAAACGAGAAUUUUGGUUACUCAUCAAGUUAAUCGACUUAAAGAUGUCACCAUUGUUAUUUUGGAUGAUGGUAAUAUCGUAGCUCAAGGAAGUUUCCAAGAAUUAGCAAAUACCGACCUUCAUUAUGCCAAAAUUUUAACACAAGACCCCGAAAGUCUUCUUUCUGACGAAGAAAAGUUAAAAGAAAAAGAAAAAUUAGUUGAAAGUGUUAACAUUCAUAGGAAAACCUCAACCAGAAGUAAAACUUUAUCAUUAUCAAGUGCUGCUAGUGAAUCAAGUAUCGUCGAUAGUUUAAUGCAAGAAGAAGAAGAUAAAAUCAAUGCGAAAGAUUACCAAGAAGACACUUCGAGAGGAAAAGUAAAAGGAUCUCUGGGUCUUCAUUAUUUAUUAGCCGGAGGAAAUAUUUGUUUCGUAACAUUCGUAGCUAUUUUAUACAUCCUUGCGCAAGCAGCCGCCAGCGGUGUUGACUUCUUUGUAGGCUAUUGGGUUAACAUUGAAGAAAUCAGAAGCGGAAAGCAGCUAAAUUUAACAACAACAAACGUCGAAGCCAGUAACAUGUUAAUAUCGACAUAUAUGUGCAUUUACAUUUACGCCGGAUUAGUAAUCGGUUUAUUCGUUAUAGCAUUAACCAGAUCGAUGUUAUUUUACAAACUGGCCAUGUUAGCGUCGCAAAAAUUGCACGAUAACAUGUUUAUGAGUGUGAUUUACACAAGCAUGAGAUUUUUUGAUUUAAAUCCGAGCGGAAGAAUUUUAAAUCGAUUUUCGAAAGACAUUGGAUCCGUCGAUGAAUUACUACCAAAGGUCAUUUUGGAUGCAGCACAAAUUAUUUUAUUAAUGUUUGGUUCUUUAGUGUUAGUAGCCAUCGUUAAUUAUAUGUUUUUGAUACCAGUUGCUGUAAUAGCUGUGGUGUUCAUGUUUCUGAGGGUAGUAUUUUUGAGAUCAUCAAAGAACAUUAAAAGAUUGGAAGGAAUGAUGAGGAGUCCAGUUUUCACUCAUCUUAACGCAACUUUACAAGGUUUAACAACUAUCCGUUCUAAUGGUGCCCAAGACACGCUUCGUUACGAAUUCGAUAAACACCAAGAUUUACACACAAGCGCUUGGUUCAUGUACAUUUCGGCCAGUUCAGCAUUUGGUUUUUAUUUGGAUUGUCUUUGUUUCUUAUUCACUGCUUUGGUUACGUUCAGUUUCUUAACUUUAGCAGAAGGAUUAUAUGGUGGUGAUGUUGGUUUAGCAAUAACACAAGCAACAGCAUUAACGGGUUUAGUACAAUGGGGAAUGCGUCAAUCAGCGGAAGUCGCAAAUCAAUUGAUGUCAGUCGAAAGACUUUUAGAAUAUAGUUCUCUACCAGAAGAACAACAACCUAUGGUGCCAAGAAAACCACCUUUAGAAUGGCCUGAUGAUGGAAAACUUGUGUUUAAUGAUAUGGGAUUACGAUAUUCUGAUGAUUCUCCGUUGGUUUUAAGAAAUUUAGAUAUCGUUGUUGAACCAAAAGAAAAGGUUGGAAUUGUUGGAAGAACUGGUGCUGGAAAAUCAUCGUUAAUCGCCGCUUUAUUCCGAUUGGCUUCGAUCGAAGGAGAAAUUCAUAUUGAUAAUAUAAAUACGGCCGAGCUAAAUCUGCAACUUUUAAGAUCAAAAAUUUCUAUUAUCCCUCAAGAUCCAGUUUUAUUUUCGGGUACUUUGCGUUAUAAUUUAGAUCCGUUUGAGGAAUACAGUGAUCAAAUCUUGUAUAAAGCCCUCAAUGAAGUUGAACUUAAAGAUCCUGAGAAUAUAAUCAAUAAAUUAGAAAAUCGAGUUAUGGAUCGUGGAAAAAAUUACAGUGUUGGGCAACGUCAAUUAAUUUGUUUAGCAAGGGCGAUUGUUCGAAAAAAUAAAAUAUUAAUGUUGGAUGAAGCAACAGCAAAUGUUGACCCACAAACUGAUGCUGUUAUUCAAAAAACAAUUCGACAAAAAUUUGCUGACUGUACAGUAUUAACUGUAGCUCAUCGAUUAGACACGAUUAUGGAUUCUGACAAAGUAUUGGUAAUGGAAAGCGGGAGAAUGGUAGAAUAUGAUCAUCCAUAUAAGUUAUUACAAAUACCUGAUGGGAAAUUCCAUAAAAUGGUUGCUCAGGCAGGGAAAGCUCAAAAAUCAAAGCUCGAAAAAGUUGCAAGAAAUAGUUAUGAUAGAAAAUAUGGUCUUCCCGAAUAAUAAAUAAACAAGAAUAUUAACAAAAAUAUUUUAUUAAAAAAAAAACGAAGAGAUUAAUUAUAAAUAAUGAGAUUUUUUUAAGCAAAUAUUUUUUUUUUAUUGUUAUUGUCUGUGAUCGAGAAAAUUCUGUACUUUAUUAUGUACUUUUUAUUAUGAGAUGCACUUUAUUGUGUAUUUUUUGAAGUACUUAUAGAGAGAAAAGGAGAUAAGGUUCCUAUGAGAGGAUUAUCUGAAGAGGUACCUAUUUUUUUAAGAGUAAAUGGAUCUGUAAUUGUAGUGCCUUUUUAAAAUUCGUAAAUCAAAAGCCAAAGGGAUCGAGAUUUUUUUAAUUACUUCUUAAUGUUAGAUUAUGUAUUUUUUAACUAAGGUAACAUAAUAUUUUAGAUAGUAUUAUUUUUUAGAUUUAUUAAGGAAGAAAGGAAGCGUAUUUUUGUGAACGUAUUUUGAAAAUAAAAUAAUUAAAAGAA